UCUCGUGCUUGACCUGCGACCUCUGCGUAUACGCAACGACCUGGUGUUUGGCGACAGCUGAAAUCGACCGGACUGAUUAGGGGUGGUAUCCAUAUCAAAAUUAUCAGACUUAAAUGAAAAUAAGUAACUAAUUAAAGUAGUGUAUAAACUACAACAAUAUCGAAAAUUUCUCAUAUAACAUUCAACUUAAUUAACGAUAAUUUCCUAAGCUAGAGUAAUUUAAUUUCUUCCACUGUGAUAUCUUUUAUAUUAACGUCAGAACAUUUUGUAACUUUUGGCCCAUAAAAUUGAACAGAAUCUUAGUGAUGGAUACACACUUAAUCGAAGCCUAGUUGGUUUUUUAAAGUAGCAGAAAAUUUAGCUCGCGAAAUGACAACACACCACCUUGCCGUUAACCGUGCCCUGAAUAGCUCCUACUGCGCUAAGGAGCCCGUCUCCGGAGCGAAGCCCAUCCCACCUACGCCUAGAUCCUACAUCCGAUGCCCGAAAACUCUUUUCAAAUCCAACUAAUGCAGGCCAUUGGUGGCGGAAUCGCCGGAGCUGUUUCGCGCACCAUCACCCAGCCGUUGGACGUUCUGAAGAUCCGUUUCCAGAUGCAGGUUGAACCGCUCACUAACCACAUAGACUCAAAGUACAGAGGCAUCAUCCACGCCUUCAAGUCGGUGUACGCAGAGGAGGGCAUGCGAGGCAUGUUUCGCGGCCACAAUUCCGGACAGGUUCUGAGUAUCUCGUACGCCCUGGUGCAGUUCUGGUCCUACGAACAGCUCCGCUCCAUGGCCCACCAGCGGGAUUUCUGGAACGAGCGUCCUCUCCUUAUGUUCUUUAUGUGCGGCGGUGUAGCCGGAUGUAUGGGAGCGGUAGCGGCCCAGCCUUUCGACGUAGUGCGGACUCAGAUGGUAGCGGCCGACCCCUCCUCCCACAGAAGCCGGAUGAGCACCAUGAGUCUACUGCGAGGGGUCUACAAGAAGGAGGGCUUGGCGGGCCUCUCACGGGGAUUACCCUUCACUCUAGUGCAGGUCUUCCCGCUGGUGGGGUCCAACUUUCUCUUCUACAAGUACCUGAACGCCCUGGUGCUUAUGGCCAAGCCGCCUGAGCAGCGCCAGGAGAUACAUGCCGGCUUCCUUUUCCUUAAUGGGGCGUUGUCGGGGGUUAUCGCCAAAAUGAUUGUUUACCCGGCGGACCUGCUCAAGAAACGCAUCCAGCUUAUGGACUUUAAGCAGGAGCGCAAGUCCUUUGGCCGAAACCCUGAGUGUCCAACGGUUCUAGGCUGCAUAUUGACCACCUUUCGGGUGGAAGGAUUGAGUGGCUUUUACAAGGGUAUGGCGCCGACCCUGUUCAAGGCGGGGCUGAUGAGCUCCGUUUACUUCUCCAUCUACGACAUGUUCAAGCGCCACUUCAUAGGCCCCAUGAAGGAGGCCGAAGAGCCGAAGCCAAAAAGUCGGCAAAAGCAUCUGAAAUCGUAGUUCUCAUUUCGUUUUGG